AUGGAAGUCUAUACAAGACGUGUCUACAACUCGGUUCGAGAUUUAAUUACUCUCUAUCUAGUAACAGAUGACAACACGAAUGGAUGGAAACAAGCACCAGAAACAAUCUUGAUUUCUUCUCUUUGCCAAUUAAUUGAUGAAGAGAGCAAAUACAGAAAUGUCAAUCUAUUUUUGAGAUUUGUAGCUCCUCUUGGAAAAUUGAUUUACAAGCAUCCAGAUUUCAAUUUGGCUUUAUCUUUUGUGAAAGGGGCAAUUUCUCAAAAAUCUUUUCACGACAUUGAUUUGUUUGUAUCUGCAGCAACUUUAAUAUCAAACUUUGUUCAAGAUGAUGCAAAUGCUUCAAUAUUUGCUUCAACUUUAUUGAAUAGAGCAUUGAAAUUGCACCCAACAUUUAUGAAGAGAUAUUUUAUUCAUUUGAGAAUUAAGGAGAUGGAGAUUCGAUCCACACAAGGAAGUAAAAAGAAGGGAACUUUAGAAAUGAAAACAAUUCUUCAAAAGUUGGAAAAUAAGCAACAAAAAUUGAAACAUUUACACAAACUCUUUUGGAAAGAAUUGAUGAAUGAAAUAGUUUCAGAAUCCAAACUAAUCUCCAUUAAUCAGCAAAUAGAAUUAAUAACAGUUGAAUGUGAAGUGUUGUUUAGUACUCUCAUGAUAAAUUUUGGAAGUGAUAAAUCUGCAAUUAGAGCCUAUGCUCAAUUUUUGGAAAAUUUUCUCUUUCAAAAGGAAAGUGCUGCAGAGUUGUUCAAUGAAGCCUGUUUGAUCGAGGAAGAGGAAUCUAAAAAAAGUGGCCGUACAAUGAAAAAAAAAGUUGAAAGAGAAGAUCUUUUUGAUGAAGAGCUUGAUGCAGAUAGUUUUGGAGGGUCCUCUGAUGUGAUCCCAUCAUCCCAAAAGAAGGAAAUACUUUUCAGAAGUGCCUUGUUAUCAAGAGAAGAUCACAAACCAGUAUACGUAUCCUUUUUACUAUUCGUUGCUCUAUGCAUUAGUAUGCUCAUUGUUGGGCUAGUGAUUAAUAUUACAUUCUCGAACGAGAUUUCCUCCAAAGUGUUUCUUGUGAACCAAGCUUGUACAAUGAACUCAGUCAGUCAUUUAAUUGCUUCCGGUAUCCGUUCUUUACAAUCUACAAUCAAAUACAAAGGUAUAAAUGAUACUGGAUUGAUGGUAUCUUUUAAAGCCCACAAGGACAGGUUAAUUGUUUUGCAAGACAAGGCUAAGACAGUUCAACAGUUAUCCAAAUCCGUUGGAAUAUUUACGACCGAGAUGAAACAUGAUUUUACAACGGAUUCUGUCUCUUUGAGAAUGCCUAUCAUCUCCAAAAAUCCAACACUCGAAUAUGAGCUCCAAAACACUUCUUUGUCUGAGACAACCAAGCUAUUAAUCACAAAUAUUGACACAUUACUCGGAUCAACUAUUCAACAGUAUAAUAUGACACGUGAUUCCUAUGUAUUCCUCUUUUUCUGGUUGAAUCGAGAGCCCUUAAAGGACGCCUAUGAAAAAUUUUGUAUUAAUUUUAUUGAUAGAAAUCAAAUUGUGGCAAUGGAAAGACGAAUGAUUUACAUUAUACUAGCUGUGUGUAUUAAUGCAAUAAUGCUUCUGACAAGCGCUAUAUUUUUGGUGGCAAUCAAUAUUCAUCUUCGCAACACUUUUAAGGUUGUAAGAUUAUUUAAACAUAUUGAUAAGGAUCAAGUGGGUGCCAUAUUUCAUCAUCUCGAUACAAGCACCAAAGACAACAUUCAAAAGAUUGACAGUACAAAUUUUACACCUAUGAGAAUGAUAUUACUCUCGAUAUUAGCAUUAAUGUUGUGCUACUUCUUAUCAUCCUCCUUGAUUAUGACUGAAUUCUUUUUGAACUUAGAUGAUUCCUAUAUCUCCAUGUUGAAUGUGGCUGAAGCCACACGGGUGUUAAUGCAUAGCCAGGUCGUUAACUUUGGUUUGGAUGAGCUUGUUUUUGAUCAAAAUAUGACACCAGGAGAAAAUGAACUGUAUUUCUUGAGCAAUAAGGUCUAUUUAGCACACUCUAUUGAUUCGUGGAAUAAUUUGAUUUAUGGAGCCAACUUUAAUAAUUAUCGUUCCAUUCUUUCUGAAGGCAUGGAUUCUGUGAUACCCAAAAAGAAUUGUUCUGCGACCGAUUAUUCCUGCUUAGGGCUCGAUCAGCUGCUAGACCUAUUAUCUUCACAAGCUGACCAAAUGAACAAUCAGGCCUAUCAUCGAUUGUAUGACCCCCUUACACUCUUUGAAAGAUUCAUGCAGUUUUAUAACGCAAGCAAAAUUAUGGCCUACAAACUCUAUGCCUUUAUUGAUGCAUAUGUUGCUUUGCAUCAAACACCAUCACGAACGCUAACAGGCAUAUUUGCAUCCUUUGGAUUCAUUACAUUGCUGGUCCUCACCUAUUUCACUAACAACCAAUUUCAAAAGUAUUGGAGUCAGAUUCAACAAUUGAGAACGUUGAUGUGUUAUGUGAGCUGGGAAACAUUGGACAACUCUGAUCAGCUCAGAGAAUAUGCUCUUCACUUCCAAUUUGUGUCUAAAAAGACAUCUUCUAAGAAAGGUAGAUUUGGUAGACUAUUAUCUUUAAUUUCCCCUGUUUCUGAUAAUGAUGAUGAGCAAGCGUUCGCACAAGUUAAAGCUGUCCUGGAUAGUACUGUGGAGGGAUCAAUUAUUUGCAAUAUCGAUGGAUCUAUUAAGUUUUUCUCGAAAGCAGCUCAAGAAAUGUUCGGUUACAGGCCAUCCGAGGUGGUGGGAACUAAAAUUUCGGCCCUUUUUUCAAAGAAACAAGUCAUUGAAAAAAUAGAAGCCACUAUUGAGAGAAUGAAGAAGGCAACAAGUAAUUUCGGAGAGACGUUUGAGAAACUUAAGGCACGUAGGAAAAAUGGAAAGUCCUUCCCCGUGAGAGCUAAUUUUUGCGUGAGCGUUAUUGAUGGAGACAAUGAAAAAACAAAGAAAUUAAUCAUUAGUUGUUUUUUGAAAGAUAUUACAAAUGAGUUGAAACAUGCAAUACUAAUUGAUCAAGAGAAAGCUAAAUCGGAAGCUUUAUUGUUGAACAUUUUACCACUUCCUGUUGCGAAUCGCCUCAAAGCCGGAGAAAAGAACAUUUAUGAAAAUAUUAAGGAUGUCACGUGUUUAUUUUCAGACAUUGUCGGAUUUACAAGCAUGAGCAGCAAAUUAGAGCCACAUCAAGUCGUUGAAAUGCUUAAUAUUAUUGUUAAUCAAUUUGACCUUUUAUGUGAGAGACUUGCUUUGGAAAAGAUUAAAACAAUCGGUGAUGCUUAUUUCUUAGCAGGUGGUUUGCACAACAAAGAGACCGAUCACCCCGAAAAAGUCUUACUUUUUGCGUGUGGCCAGUUCUCUAUUCUUUACAAUUACAAUGUGAAACGAAAUGCCAAUCUAAAUAUUCGUGUUGGUAUUCACACAGGAAGUGUUACUGCUGGUGUUCUAGGUUCAUCAAAAUUUAGUUAUGACUUGUGGGGUGACACGGUGAACACAGCGUCACGCAUGGAAUCUACUGGUAUUGGUGGAAGAAUUCAAAUUUCUCGCCAAACCUACGAACGCGUUUAUGAUUUGUAUGAAUUCGAACCAAGAGAGGUCGAAGUCAAGGGCAAGGGACUUCAAACCACUUAUUUACUGUCUCAAAAGUAUCAUCAGAAUCCAGAUCCUCAAGCUGAAGCUUUCAAUGCCAACAAAUUACUUGGAUUUGAACUUGCAGAAGUGAAUCAAGAAGAAAACACCAAUUUGAGCAAGUAUCAUUUAUCAGUAGAGCCUUCUGAAUACGAUGUUUCUGAAGCAGAAGAUGAAGAAAGGAAAGAAUAG